AUGCCUAUCCCUAAACAAGCCUCAUGGAUGAUAAGGAAAAUUUUGGAAGCUAGAGUAACAUUACAACACCUGCAGUUUGAUCCUAAUAGACCAAAAAGCUUCCUUCAACAAGCUUACUUGCAGUUCAUUGGUGAUAGACCCAGAGUGCCUUGGAAGUGUAUGGUUUUUCAUAAUACAAGCAGAUCAAAAGCUCAAUUUAACACGUGGUUGCAACUACAGGGUAGAUUACUCACUGCAUAUAGGCUUGCAAAAUGGGGAAUGGAUGUACAACAAGACUGUGUGUUAUGUGAGUUACAACAAGAAACCAGAGAUCACCCCAUUGUCCAUUGCAAUUACGUAAAGUUGAUUUGGCAAAAGGUUCUGAACUGGAUUAGGCAGCCGCUGAGACAAGUUGCAACCUGGGAACAACAUAUGGCAUGGGUGCUAAGCAAAGCCAAAGGAAGGUCACAACAAGCUCAGGUAUUCAAGAUGGUCUAUACGGAGACAGUGUAUGCAAUCUGUCUAGAGAGAAAUCAAAGGGUAUUUGAAAAAAAGAAGAGGGAGUGGCAUAUGGUGGCUAAAGAUAUUGCCUAUCAAUGCUACCUUCGAGCUCCAGUAGGUAUCCAGAAUUAUGUUCUUAAGCUAAAGUUUUGA